CCCCCGCCCUCCGCCCCGCUGCGCUCCGCUUUCCCCUCCCUCUCCGCCCUCCCCCUUUUUCGUGCCUUGAGGUUGCGGGUCAGCGCGAGCCACUGCAGUGAGUCCGUCACGGCUCCCGCGCGAGUUUAGGUUGCAGCCCUCGAGCCGCCUGGCCCCCUCUCCCCCUUCUUCCCCUCCUCUCUGCUUCUCUGUCUCUCCCCUUUUUCGCCAUCUCUCCUCCCCGCUCUCUCCGUCUCUGAAUCUCGACCUUAAUUUCUUUUCUUCCCCGCCCGCUCCCGCGUGCCCAGUCACCCGGCCGGCGCGGGCCCCGCGGCGCCGCCUCCCCUCCCCUCGGGCGUCCCGAGGGCCGCAGCCGCCCCAGCCCAGCUGGGCCGCCGCCGCUUCCUGCGGGAGCCCUUCUGAACGCCGACACUCUUCUCCCCCCGCGCCAGCCGCCGACUGCCCAGCAAAAUGGGAAAUGAGGCAAGUUAUCCUUUGGAAAUGUGCUCACACUAGCUGCUCUUUAUUAUCUGUAUUGUGCUGUAGUUACAAAUCAGCCCUCAGAUCUCAGUGGCGUAACCCAACAGAAGGUUUUCAGAUUAACAAAGUUUCAGUUGAUGCUGAUGAAAUUAAAAGGCUAGGAAAGAGAUUUAAGAAGCUCGAUUUGGACAAUUCUGGUUCUUUGAGUGUGGAAGAGUUCAUGUCUCUGCCUGAGUUACAACAGAAUCCUUUAGUACAGCGAGUAAUAGAUAUAUUUGACACAGAUGGGAAUGGAGAAGUAGACUUUAAAGAAUUCAUUGAGGGAGUCUCUCAGUUCAGUGUCAAAGGAGAUAAGGAACAGAAGUUGAGGUUUGCUUUCCGUAUCUAUGACAUGGAUAAAGAUGGCUAUAUUUCCAACGGGGAACUCUUCCAGGUGCUGAAGAUGAUGGUGGGGAACAAUCUGAAAGAUACACAGUUACAGCAAAUUGUAGACAAAACCAUAAUAAAUGCAGAUAAGGAUGGAGAUGGAAGAAUAUCCUUUGAAGAAUUCUGUGCUGUUGUAGGUGGCCUAGAUAUCCACAAAAAGAUGGUGGUAGAUGUGUGACUCUUUUUCUAAAGAGUACCACCCAACACUUUUGCUUUCUUCUCCAUCUCUGAAGAUCUGCUCAAGACGUCCAGCAAUGCUCUCUGUGUAUUUAAAUGGAAGUAUUUUUCUCUGUGAAGCCACAUUUUCCAACACGAGCCUCAUGAAGCCAACUAAGUGUUAUUGAACUCUUAUUCUCUCAAUAACUCAGUGUAGCACUUUAAAGUCUGAAGGACAGCAACAUGAAAAGAGCAUAUCAAUGUGGUGAAGAAAGGGAAGGGGUUGGCUUUUUAAUUUAUUUUUCUUCAUCUUUUAUAACAAGAAAGUAUCUAUAUAUACAUAUGUAAAUAUUUAUAUAUAGAUAUAUGUAGCUUUCUAUAUGUGUAGGUUGGCUUUAAUUUAAUAUACUUGAUUCAGAAGCAAAAUGAUAGAGUACAAAAGUGCCAAGCAGAACAUAAAACAUCCUUACUUUUAUUUCACACAGUUUUAUAUAUAGAUAGAAAGUUGUACAAUUUGAGCCGGGUGUUAGGCCAGCUAUUUUCCUUUUCCUGUGCUUUCUCCUUUGAGAGAUUGACAAAGCAUUUGUUAACGUCCUAUUACUUACCUUAAUUACAUUUUUGUAACAGAGGAGUCUGUAAUUUUCUUUAUACCUAUGAAUAGAUUUCCAGGGACUAGGUCUCGUUGCUGAGCAGCUCUACUGCAUCUCUGCCUGAGGAGAAAGUACAGUGCAGUGCUGCCGCCAAGAGCUCCUCCUUGUGUUCCGGCAGGAACCGCACCAAGCUCACGGCUGCUUCGUUGUUACUUCUGAACGAGGAGCCAUUUUCCUUUCUUACAUGUCCCUGAGUUAAAUGUAAGUUACCAGUUGUGGAAAGGCCGGAAGCUAUCUGAGGCAAUCACGAUUUAUCUUAAGACAUUACUCAAUGAAGAAUACCUGAAGUAAUCAUGGACUACUUAGGAUAUCCAUUCAUUUGUUUCAUUACAUGGGUAAACAGUUUGUCAUUAAACUUCUGUUUGAACCGUAAAUUUCUUUUCCGUUUCAGAAAACUUGCAGCUAAUCUGGAAAAUUGGUGAUAUUUAAUGUGCAUGUACAUAUCUAAACACCCACACAGAUUGGUGAUUUAAAUGGAAGAAGUCUUUUUAUCUCUGUAUGCCACAGAGGAGCAAAAUUGUAUCAAAAUUUAUACCUCUCCUGUUUCUUUACCACAAGGCAUAGAGAGUGCAUGGUGGUUUUCUUUCUUGAUUUGCCCAUAUUUGUAAUGGAUGAUAACUGAAGAAACGUGUGAUAUAAAAGUAGUGUAUCAUGUUCCACCACUUGAUAUUAUCCCUUCCCUUUUCUGCAAAGGUACUAUUGGCUGGAAGAAAACAUUUUGGUUAGCUUUCUAGGAAAGUAGUCUUCCCCUAUGUAGUUUUUCUAGAAACCAGUUUCAUAAUCAUGAGUGGAAAAGGGCAGGUUGAAUCAAAGUAAACGAACCUUAAAUUGGGCACGCCUGCCUGCCAUCGCUGUUCCUUCAACUGAGUGCUGCACAUCAUGGGCUCUGUCUGUGAGAGAAAAAUCCCGGUGCUUGGUGUCUUUGCAUGACAUGGAGUUUUGCAUGUAGAUCAAUUUAAAAUGUACCUCUUGUUUACAUAAUUUGCAUAAUUUUAAAAGAUAAUGUUGCCAAACUUUGGAAAUGUUAAUGUUCAAACUGAGAAUCUCCACUACAUGUAACUUUCUUCCUCUGGAUCAGUACGUGGCUUAUAAUCCCAGCCAGUGGUUUGAUCUGUUCCAGUGUCAACUGCCAUGUGCUCUGCUUCAAGGGGGAACUAGUCUUUUGUGAAUUUUUUGUACAUAAGUAUUUGUUACAAAUAUUUUAGCAAAUGCUUUCUAUUUCUCUUGCUUGUGCAUAUCUUGGCUGGCGUUACAGAAAAAUAGUGCAAACAUUAUUUCCUUACUGGGGAAUGAGGGUUUUUUUUUUUUUUUUUUUUUCUUUUUCUUUUUUAGUGGGGGUGGGGGAGGGGUUUAUGUUGAAUGUUUAGUUUUUUCUUCUGCAUGAAACGUCAUGUUGUGGGAUCUUUAGAAAACUUCAUACUGUAUGAAUAAGAAAAUAAAAUAUUUGAAACUUG